UUUGUUGAUCAGUGAUUCGCUAUUCGAAAGUAAGAUGACGAAGUUUACGUCUCUGAUUGUGAUAUCAGCCGUUUUGGCCGUUGGUUUGGUGGUUGCUGCCCCUCCUCACGAUCACGGUGGAGCUCACAAGGAAGCAGCGCAUGCAGCAAAGCCCGCUGAACAUGGAGAUGCCCACGCCAAACCGGCAUAUACACCUCCUGCCCACGGUCACCACGAAGCCCCGGCCCAUCAUCCUGCUCCAGCCCCAGCCCACGGCCAUGGCCAUGAUGCUAAGCCUGCCCAUGGUCCAGCUCCUUCCCAUAAGCAUGAAGGUACCCACAAGAACCAGGUUCCAGCCCCAAUGAAGUACCCGUCUGCUCCUCACCAAAAGCCAGCACCACAUGGCUACGUCGCACCUGCCUCCCACGGACAUAAGGCACCUGCCGCGCACGGCCAUCACACUCCGGCUCACAAGGGAGGUCGGUCCUACCAUCAGGAAUACCACGCCGCUCCGGUGCCUCACGCAUACCACGGAGGUCACGACGUCGUUCAUCACGCCUAUGCCGUACAGGCUCCUCACUCGAAAUGCGGAGCCAACUUGCUGGUCGGAUGUGCCCCUUCAGUGGCUCACGUUCCCUGCGUCCCAGUGCACGACCACAAACCUGCCCACCAGCCCCAAUACCUUGGACAGAGUCAUGAUGUCGGCUAUACUCAUUGA